CUCAAAACCCGCUCCUUCUUCUCCCCUAUAUAUAAUCUCCCUCCUCACCAUUUCACCAUUCACUAACUUCUUCAUUUCUCACAGCUCUCAAAUAAAACUCUCGCCGGAAAAGGUAAUAUUCCGACCAAGCCCCAAACUCAAACGCCAGAAAAAUGUCGAUGAGCUCGAGCAACACCUGGUUACUCUCUCUCAAGGUCGUUCUCAUCUCCACCGGUUUGGUGUCCAUGGCCGUGGCGCUAAAGCUCUCAGCUCCAGUGGUUUCGGACAUCGUCGCUUCCCAAGUCCCUUCUCUCUGGAGCUCAGCACUCUCCUGGCUCAGACCUCCUUACCUCUACAUCCUCAUCAACUGCAUCAUCAUCACAAUCGUCGCCUCCUCCAAGCUCCAUCCGAGACCCGAAGAUUCGUCGCCGGAGAUGAUCACUGUCCCCGUGCCAGUGACUCCGGUGAAGAUCUCCGGAGAAGUCGUGAGGACCGACUACGCGGCGUACGACGCCGUCAUUUUGAACGAGUACGGUUACGAUGCGAAUGUGUUGCCGAAGGUUCCAGAUUCAUACGAAUCGGCCGGUGGAGUGGUAGUGGAAGCCAGGAUUUCGGAGGCGGCGGAGAAUGAGAAGAAGGAGAAGAGCGAUGAUCGAGCGGCGGUGGACGGCGGCGAUGAGGCCGUACGGGUAUCGACGCCUGUACGGACGCGUUUGCAGAGGAAAGACUCUAUGGAGUUUUGGUUGAACGAGAACGAGAAACCCCCCGUUUCUUCUAGAUUUGGUCAUAGAAAAUCCGCCAGAGCUAGCCCUGAAGGAGGGAAAUCGUUGGGAGUGGCGAAGCCGAAGCGGCAGGACACGCUUGAGAGCACGUGGAAGACGAUAACGGAGGGGCGUUCGAUGCCGUUAACGAGGCACCUGAAGAAGUCCGACACGUGGGACACGCACGUGCGGAGUAUGGACCAGAACACGCCUCCCAAGUCCAAGAUGAACAAGUCCGAGACGUUCCCGGACCAGAGCAGCGCAACCGUUAACUCGCCGUCGCUGCUGAGUCCGUCGACCGGCUCGGCUCGGCUCAGGAAGGAACCGUCGCUGAGUCAGGACGAUUUGAACCGCCGAGUGGAGGCGUUCAUCAAGAAGUUCAACGAGGAGAUGAGGCUGCAGCGGCAGGAGUCGUUGAAUCAGUACCAGGAGAUGAUUAGAAGUGGGGCCCGGGCUCCAUUGGCUCAUUAGUUUCAGUUUCAGUUAUUUAUCUCUUUUUUUCUUUUUUCUGUUUUUGUUUAUAAUUUUAAACAAAAGCAAACAGAGGAUUCGGCGGGCAAUAGGCAAUUGCCAUA